AUGACAACGACACAGCAGCAGCAGCAGCAGCAGCAACAGCAGCAGCAGCAACAACAACAGCAACUGGGUGGAACUGUUGGGUUAACCGCUGCAGCAGCAGCAGCAGCAACAGCUGCUGCUGCUGCUGCUGUAUUAGGAACUGGAGCGCGCUGCUGCGGCAGCAUAUCUGACAGCACAGCCGAGCCGGAGCUUCCAGACACGGAGGUGCAGCAGCAGCAGCAGCAUGGGCUGCAGCAGCUGCAAGAGCAGCAGCAAGAAGAUGCUCUUGUUGCUGCUGCGCUGCUGAAGGCAGCGCAGCUUAUUCCUUCCUACCUAGGGAUACCGCCAGAUUUAGCUGCUGCUGCUGCUGCAUCGGACUGCAGCAGCAGCUGCUGCAGCAGCAGCAGUUGCUGCAGUACCAGCCGAAACACUUCCUUAUGGAUAAACCGCCAAAGAGAAUUUGCUGUUCUUCGCCUUUUAGCUCGGGAAGGAGUUGGCAAAAAAAUCUUAGCUUCCUUCCAGGGAGGCGUCAUUGAAUCUUUUGUUCCGGGGGUUCCGUUGAUGCCCGAGGGUUUAGGGUUUGCAUCACAGAAGAUUGCUAGGGCUUUAGGGUUGCUGCAUGCGCUUCCUCUUGAUCCGGAGUCUCCUUCUGUGCGACUAAUAAGCGAAUUUAAUGAGGACGGAUCGGCAGUGUCUGCUCUCUGGCCUAAAAUACAAAGCCUGCUUGACAUGUGCCAAGCGGAGAAGGAAAGGGCCCUGGUUAUCCUUGAGGACUUCGAUAGGCUUCCAGCAGCUCAAUAUGCUUCAUUGACUAUGAAUAUGCUGCUGCAAUGGAACGAGGGUUUGAUAUUGCUGGACACUUCAUUGAAUAUGGAGGGUUUGAGUGCGAGUGGCAUCGCAUUCCCUCUCCAGCUCAGCAGCGAGAUUUCCUUCGGGUGUAUCUGCAGCAGCAGCACAACAAGCAGCAGCGCCAAACAGCAGCAGCAGCAGCAGCAGCAGCAGAACCAGAAGCAGCAGCAGCAGAUUUAG